GACUCCGUGUUCGAUUUGUUAACGUAGCGCAUGCGCCCUCGACGCUCUUCCUUUCCCCCUGCUUCUACGCCAUGGCGCCUAUUAAGAAGCAUACCCCUGGUAAAGGUGGUAAGAAGAAGAAGCAGGUCCUGAAGUUCACACUGGACUGCACACAUCCCGUGGAGGAUGGCAUCAUGGAUGCUGCAAACUUUGAGCAGUUUCUUCAGGAACGCAUCAAGGUGAAUGGAAAAGCCGGCAACCUCGGUGGUGGUGUGGUUUCCAUCGAGCGGAGUAAGAGUAAGAUCACCGUGUCCUCUGAGGUUCCCUUCUCCAAAAGAUACCUGAAGUAUUUGACCAAGAAGUAUCUGAAGAAGAACAACCUUCGUGAUUGGCUGCGUGUUGUGGCCAACACCAAGGAGAGCUACGAGCUUCGCUACUUCCAGAUCAAUCAGGAAGAGGAGGAAGAGGAUGAAGAUUAAAUUGAACAAUUCAUCAGGUUUUGUACAUUUAAAUAAAUGUUGUUUACAGUACAGAA